AUGCGCAGGAGUGUAUACCUCGACAACACGAUCGAGUUCCUGCGAGGCAGAGUAUAUCUCGGUGCGUAUGAUUAUACGCCAGAAGAUACUGAUGAGCUGGUGUUUUUUACCGUGGAGGACGCAAUAUUUUACAAUAGUUUCCAUUUAGACUUUGGUCCCAUGAACAUUGGUCAUCUAUACCGAUUUGCGGUUAUUUUCCAUGAAAUCUUGAAUGACCCUGAAAAUGCCAAUAAAGCGGUUGUGUUCUAUUCAUCUGCAUCCACGAGACAGCGGGCUAACGCCGCAUGUAUGCUUUGCUGCUACAUGAUUCUUGUCCAGGCAUGGACUCCUCAUCAAGUGCUUCAGCCGUUGGCGCAAGUAGACCCUCCCUUCAUGCCAUUUAGAGAUGCUGGUUAUUCCAACGCGGAUUUCGAAAUUACUAUUCAAGACGUGGUUUACGGUGUUUGGAGGGCCAAGGAGAAAGGGCUUAUUGAUUUGCAUUCCUUCAAUUUGGAGAGUUAUGAGAAAUAUGAACACGUAGAGUUUGGUGACUUCAAUGUACUCACCCCGGAUUUCAUUGCAUUUGCGUCUCCCCAAGAGGACCACCCAAAAGGCCAUCUAGCUACCAAAUCUUCACAUUUGAAUCAGCCAUUCAGAUCUGUUUUGAAUUUUUUCGCUAAUAAUAAGGUUCAAUUAGUGGUAAGAUUGAAUUCUCACUUAUACAAUAAAAAGCACUUUGAGGACAUUGGCAUUCAACAUUUGGAUUUGAUCUUUGAAGAUGGUACAUGUCCAGAUCUUUCCAUUGUUAAGAACUUUGUUGGAGCUGCAGAAACAAUAAUCAAAAGAGGCGGCAAAAUUGCUGUUCACUGUAAAGCUGGGUUAGGGAGAACCGGUUGUCUAAUUGGUGCACACUUGAUAUACACGUAUGGAUUUACCGCCAAUGAAUGUAUUGGGUUCUUAAGGUUCAUAAGGCCCGGAAUGGUGGUUGGUCCUCAACAACAUUGGUUAUAUUUACACCAGAACGAUUUUAGAGAAUGGAAGUACACAACCAGGAUUUCUUUAAAGCCUAGCGAGGUCAUUGGUGGAUUAUAUCCCUUGAUAGGCCUAGAAGAAUACCGUCUACAGAAGAAGAAGCUUAAAGAUGACAAAAGAGUCUCCCAUAAUAAUAUCGAAGGAGAUAUGAGAGAUUUAACAAUGACGCCACCAUCUAACAGUCAUGGAGCUGUCAGUGCCAGAAAUUCUAGUCAACCUUCUACAACUAAUAAUGGAGGUGGUUCAUUCAAAAGUUCGGCAGUGCCACAGACUUCGCCUGGCCAGCCGAGAAAGGGCCAAAACGGCUCCAAUACUAUAGAAGACAUCAACAAUAAUAAUAAUCCACCUUCCUAUGUGAAAGAGAAGGGAGUGAUAGAAAGCAAUAACUCAGAUGAUGAAUCCAUGCAGGACAGCAAUAGUAUAAGUAACCGUUAUUCCAAAACUUCGCGCAAGAAAAGUGAUAUUUCGUCUGUUUCAUCGUCACGAAUGGAAGAUAACGAAACCAGUGCAACGAACAAUAUCAACAGUGCCGCGGAUGAUACCAUACUAAGACAACUUUUGCCCAAAAAUAGGAGAGUAACGUCGGGAAGAAGGACUACAAGCGCCGCAGGUGGUAUAAGAAAGAUAAGUGGCUCCAUCAAAAAAUAA